AUCAACGACUAUUUGGAAGAAAUUCAUUUUAUACUAUAAAGUAAGCAAUUAUGUCGAAAUGGGACAGUCCAACUAGGCAGGAAUCGAGCAGUAGUUAUAGGAGCAAACGAAAGGAUCGAGACAGAUCGCCUGAAGAAUCCAGAAGUAAGUACAGAGAAGAGGAAUCGAGAAGUAGAUAUCGUGACGAUGAUUCAAGAAAUAAAAAUCGAGAUGAUGACAGAAGGCGAAAAUCACCAGAAAGGAAAAAAUCUCCAGACAGAAGAGAUAGACGUGAUAGAGAUAGGGAUGUUGAUAGACGUCAAAAAAGCAGAUCUCGUUCUCGUGAUCGUCAACGAGGUGAUAGAGAAUAUCCUGACCGAAAUCGUGAUGAACGUAGACGAUCUAGAGACAAGACUUGGCAAAAUAAUAAGAAUCGCCGUAGACGAAAUGAAGGAGAAGAUGAUGCAAAUUAUGAAUGGGGCAGGCGGGAUGACAAAGAAGAUCCAGACGAAAAACCACAAGAAAAGGAAAAACCAAAUUUCGCAUUGUCAGGAAAGCUUACAGAAGAAUCCAACAAAGUUCAUGGAAUCGUCAUUAAAUAUGCUGAACCGCCAGAAGCAAAGAAACCGAAACGUCGAUGGAGGCUUUAUCCAUUCAAAGGAGAAACUGCUUUACCGGUACUUUACAUACACAGACAAAGUGGCUAUCUCAUAGGUCGUGACAGAAAAAUUUGCGAUGUAGCAGUUGAUCAUCCAUCAUGCAGUAAACAGCAUGCAGCAUUACAAUUCCGAUUAGUGCCAUACGAGCGUGAAGAUGGCUCAACAGGCAAACGUGUCAGACCAUACAUUAUUGAUUUGGAAUCUGCAAAUGGCACUUUUGUGAAUAAUAAACAAAUCGAAGCUAAAAAGUAUGUUGAAUUGCUUGAAAAAGAUGUCAUUAAGUUUGGAUUUAGUUCCCGUGAAUAUGUGUUGCUACAUGAAUCAUCAAAAGAGGAUGCAGAAGACGACGAUAUGGCUGAAACAGAAAACGAGGAAGUAAAUGUUAAGGAAGAAGAAAAAUAAGUUUGUUCGUGUUGUUGUGUGCUGUAAUUCAAUAAAGCGUUCAAGAUUGUCAUUCAAGAUAUAAGGUA